UCGAUGUGCCACAACUGACUUGGAUCUAAACGGAUCUAAGCAACAUGGAUAUGUGUUGAUGCUUAACAGGCUUAGCAGUAAUAUUUGAUUGUAAAAAAAUUUAAAAAAGGUCGCGCAAUUUAGUGAAAUCUAAAGCAGAAAGAAAAGUUACUCUGUUUCGACGAAAAAAUAAGAAAAAUGUUAACUGCUGCGAAUUCGUUGUCAAAUAACGGGGGAUCAUACAGCAAUGACAGACCGUCAAAUGCAACUGAUACAGAACUUGCUACUGAUCCUGCUUCUGGUGGAUUUUUUCACUCCGAUUACAAAAAGCAUGAAGAUUUAAAACAAAUGCUAGAUAGUAAUAAGGAUGGGCUUAAAUUGGAAGCAAUGAAACGAAUAAUCGGGAUGAUAGCAAAGGGAAGGGAUGCAUCAGAAUUAUUUCCAGCUGUAGUAAAAAACGUUGUAUCAAAGAAUAUUGAAGUAAAGAAGUUAGUUUACGUUUAUUUGGUCCGUUACGCAGAGGAUCAACAAGAUCUUGCGCUAUUAUCUAUCUCUACAUUCCAACGAGCAUUGAAAGAUCCUAAUCAGUUAAUAAGAGCUAGCGCUUUAAGAGUGCUUUCGAGUAUAAGAGUUUCUAUGAUAGUGCCUAUAGUAAUGCUUGCUAUUAAAGAUUCAGCCAGUGAUAUGUCACCAUACGUUAGGAAAACUGCUGCGCACGCUAUUCCUAAACUUUACUCGUUAGAUUCUGAACAAAAAGAUGAGCUAAUAAGCGUUUUAGAAAAAUUAUUAUCCGAUAAAACAACUCUUGUUGUGGGUUCAGCGGUAAUGGCCUUUGAAGAAGUUUGUCCUGAAAGAAUAGAUUUGAUACAUAAAAAUUACAGAAAACUUUGCAACUUGUUAGUAGAUGUUGAUGAAUGGGGCCAAGUUGUUAUAGUCAACAUGCUUACGAGAUACGCAAAAACGCAGUUCGUUAAUCCUAAUGUAGAUAACCUAGAUGAUGAUGAGAAUCGCCUAUUUUAUGAUUCUGAUUCUGAUUCGUCUAAUUCAAAGAAACCAAAAUUAACGUUAGAUCCUGAUCACCGAUUAUUGUUACGAAACACAAAACCCCUUUUACAAAGUAGAAAUGCUUCUGUAGUAAUGGCGGUGGCUCAGUUGUAUCAUCAUACAGCACCGCAAAGCGAAGUAAUAAUUGCUGCCAAAGCAUUGAUAAGAUUGUUGAGAGGACAUCGAGAAGUUCAAAGCAUAGUUCUUCAUUGCAUUGCUAGUAUAUCAAUUACCAGAAAGGGAAUGUUUGAACCUUUUCUUAAGUCGUUCUUUGUGAGAACUUCGGAUCCUACGCAUAUAAAGCUUUUAAAAUUAGAUAUUUUGACCAAUUUAGCUACUGAAACUAGUAUCGGAGUUAUAUUAAGAGAAUUUCAAACAUACAUUUCUAGUAGCGAUAAAGAAUUUGUUGGAGCAAGUAUACAAGCGAUUGGGAGAUGUGCAAGUAAUAUAAAAGAGGUCACUGAUACGUGUUUAAAUGGAUUAGUUUCUUUAUUAAGUAAUCGUGAUGAGGCUGUUGUAGCAGAAAGCGUGGUUGUUAUAAAAAAGCUCUUACAAACUCAACCGAAUGAACACAAAAAUAUAAUAGCUCAUAUGGCAAAAUUAAUGGAUUUCAUAACGAUACCACAAGCCAGGGCAUCAAUUUUAUGGUUGUUAGGAGAGUAUUCAGAUAGGGUGCCUAAAAUAGCUCCGGACGUACUUAGAAAAAUGGCGAAAAAUUUUGUAAAUGAGCAAGAUAUAGUGAAGCUACAGAUUUUAAAUUUAGCUGUAAAGCUCUGUUUCAAUAAUCCAGUUCAAUCGAAACCGUUCUGUCAAUACGUCUUCCAACUUGCUAAGUACGAUCAGAAUUACGAUAUCAGAGAUCGUACACGUUUCUUGAAACGUUUUAUUUUUGAAGAGGAUGAAAAUAAGAAGAAACUUCCGCAGCUAGCUAAAAGAAUAUUUCUAGCUCCAAAGCCUGCACCCACGUUGACAUCUAGAUUUAAAAAUUCCGAGUAUCAGUUGGGUACAUUGUCGCAUUAUUUGGAUAUGCCAUGCGCUGGUUAUCGUCCUUUGCCACCUUUCCCUGACGAAGCACCUGAUCCAUCGGUAAGAGACGUUGCGAAUCGUACUACAAGAGACGCUAGGGACGAGUAUUAUAAGAAAGAUAAGAAAGAUAAAAAAGGAAGAGGAAAAGAUAAACCGUUUUACAGCGAUGAUGAAAGUAUUCAAGCAGAGGAAUUGGAUAAAGAAAAUGAACCUUCGGAUACUUCGACAAGUGAUUCGACGGACGAAGACAGCGAUUCAUCCGAAUAUACAUCGGAAUCUGGCAAAUCAGAAAACAAUAGCGAGAAAAAGAAAUCUGUGAAAACAUCAGAUGAUUCUGAUAGCGAAUCAGAAAGCGAUGAAUCAGAUUCCGAAGAGACUUCGGAAGAUUCUCAAGAAAGCGAAGAGCGAAAUCGUACAGUUUCAAAUCAGCAAACGAAAGAGAAACCAAAAAGUAACAUUGAUCUCCUUCUAGAUUUAGACGAUGUGAUUCCAAUGACACCUGUCAUGCCACUGAGUACAGGAGGUUUUCUUACUCCCGUUAAUCCAAAUGUUACAAACGACGUGAGAGAAGUAUCAACUUCGUUUAUUCCAAUAAAAAAGUCUGAAUUAUUAAAUAGUAUUAUGGGUCAUGGUUUAAAAAUUGAAUAUAGGUUUACUAGAUCCCAGCAUUUAGUAAGCGCUUAUUUAGUUACUAUCGAAUUAACAUUUUCAAAUGAAGGGAAUGAGCCGAUUAAAGAAAUACAAGCAGGGACAAAGAAUUUACCAAAAGGUAUGGUUAUUCAUGAUUUCACACGAAUACCACUUUUGGAAGUAAAUUCGAAUUUAUCUUCCACAUUGGGAAUCAAUUUUAAUGACUCUACGCAGCCGGCAAACUUUAAUGUAGACUUUUUAAUCGGUGAAGAAACAUAUUCGUGCUCGGUUACUAUUAAAGCACCUAUCGGAGAAAUAAUUAGAGCCGUAUUGUUGCCAGAGAGUAUGUUUACUGCUGAGAAAAACAAGUUAAAGGGUAUGAACGAACAUGUCGCAAAAGUGGAACAUCCGGGCAAUGCGAAAGCUCUUCCUCAGAAAGUUUUUGAAAUUGCAAAUGUUGCAAUGGUGUCUAGCAAUGGCGAGGAAAUUCGAUUUGCUGCCCAUACUUUAGCAUCAAAAUCCUUGGUAUUAGUGACAAUAAAAAUGAUAAGUAACAAUUUGUUGGAGAUUUGUGUAAAUUGUGAAAAAAUGGUAAUAGGCUCUAUCUUACUGAAUGAAUUAAAAAGUAAUUUAAAAAUGAGUUAAGUGUUUCACAUUUACAGUUAUGAAUUAUGAAACACAAGUUACAUAUAUUUACAA